AUAGGAAGUAUCCGCGGAGCUGGGGUUAGACCCCUGGCUCGGAUCAGCUGCGCCCUCUCUGCUCUGCCUCCUUCCUUAUUCCCCUUCUCCUUUCCCUCUUUCCCUCCCCUCCCACCUCCUGGGAGCUCUGGCGGAGGGUGCGUGUGUGGGAGCGCGAGAACUCCCCACGGCCACCCCGUGGGGCGCGCGGCUGCAGUUAGAGUGAGGGUCCCAGUGCGCAGGCGCGCUCCCGUUCGCGGUCCCCAACGGACGCACCCGCGGCGGGAACGAGGAGGGGCCACUCGUGCCAGGCCUUGGCCCCAACACCGGAGGAAGAUGCCGCUGCCACCUGCCUGGUCCUCCUAAACCUCCAGGUUUCUGUCGCACUGCCCCAUGGAGGACGCGCCCACCUCACUCAGCUGCUGUGACUGUCAGCGCCACUUCCCUAGCCUCCCGGAACUGUCACGGCACCGAGAACUACUCCAUCCAUCCUCCAACCAGGACAGUGAGGAGGCUGACAGCAUCCCUCGGCCCUACCGCUGUCAGCAGUGUGGGCGGGGCUACCGCCACCCAGGGAGCCUGGUCAACCACCGCCGGACCCACGAGACUGGCCUUUUCCCCUGUACCACCUGUGGCAAGGACUUCACCAAUCCCAUGGCCCUCAAGAGCCACAUGAGGACUCAUGCUCCUGAGGGCCGCCGCAGGCGCAGACCCCCCCGCCCCAAGGAAGCCACUCAACACCUUCAGGGGGAGACAGUAUCCACUGACUCCUGGGGCCAGAGGCUUGGCCAUGGGGAAAGCUGGGGAAACCAGAAAAAACACACCGAAGAGACAUCUAUCUGUGCAUCUGAGCCUGACCCUAAGGCAGCUCUGGGCACUUGGGAAGAUCCACACACCAGACAAAGGGAAGGCUGGGAAAGCCAGCCACAUUCUGAGGAGGGUGCAGAGGGCUGGGGGCCCACCACCAACUCUGCCAGAGCCCCACCGCUCCCUACUCCGGCCAGCAGCCUCCUUAGCAAUUUGGAACAGUAUUUAGCUGAGUCAAUGGUGAAUUUCACGGGGGGUCAGGAGCCACCCCAGUCCCUUCCUGCUGAGGAGGAACGGCGGUACAAGUGCAGUCAAUGCGGCAAGACGUACAAGCAUGCCGGGAGCCUCACCAACCACCGCCAGAGCCACACUGUCGGCAUCUACCCUUGUGCCAUCUGCUUCAAGGAGUUCUCUAACCUCAUGGCUCUGAAGAACCACUCGCGACUCCAUGCCCAGUACCGGCCUUACCAGUGUCCUCACUGCCCCCGUGCCUUCCGGCUCCCCCGAGAGCUGCUGGAACACCAGCAGUCCCAUGAGGGUGAGAGGCAGGAGCGGCUGUGGGAAGAGAAAGGGGUACCCACCACCAACGGGCACACAGAUGAGAGCAGCCAGGACCAGCUCCCUAGUGCCCCGAUGUUGAAUGGCGCUGAGGAGCUCAGCGUUUCUGGGGACCUGGAGGACAGUGGCCUGGAGGAGUAUCGACCUUUCCGCUGCGGGGACUGUGGCCGUACUUACCGCCAUGCCGGGAGCCUCAUCAACCAUCGCAAGAGCCACCAGACAGGUGUCUACCCCUGCUCCAUCUGUUCCAAGCAGCUGUUCAACGCAGCCGCUCUCAAAAACCAUGUGCGGGCUCAUCACAGACCCCGGCAAGGAGCUGGCGAGGAUGGGCCAUCAGUGCUACCAGCUUCCCUGCCCCCGGCCGAGACCACCCAUAAAGAGACAGAGGUCCCCAGCCCCACCCUGGACCAUCGCCCCUACAAGUGUAAUGAAUGUGGUCGGGCUUAUCGCCACCGCGGGAGCCUCGUGAACCACCGCCACAGCCAUCAGACAGGAGAGUACCAGUGCUCGCUCUGUCCCCGCAAGUAUCCCAACCUGAUGGCCCUGCGCAACCACGUGCGAGUCCAUUGCAAGUCUGCACGCCUCAGCACUGGCUCAGGGGCCGAAGGUCCCCCCAGCCACCUCAAGGGGGAGGUUCCCGCUGACCAGGGGGGAGCAAAGGCAGCCCCAUGUACAGAUCAGGGCGAUGGGUGCAAACACGAAGAGGAGUCCACGGAGGGCCCCCCAGCAGCAAAUAGGACAGCACCACAGAUAUGUAGCAUGGGCAGGGUGCUCUUUGAAGACCUUGAGAACCUUGAACGGCAUGGCCAAACCCUCGGAGAAGGGAAAAGCAGCAGGACAGAGACCAGGCUGUCACCUCCCCGGGCAUUUGCCUGCCGAGACUGUGGAAAGAGCUAUCGCCACUCAGGCAGCCUCAUCAACCACAGGCAGACCCACCAGACGGGGGACUUCAGCUGUGCUGCCUGCGCCAAGCACUUCCACACCAUGGCUGCCAUGAAGAACCAUUUGCGUCGCCACAGUCGGCGGCGGGGCAGGCAGCUGCGGGGCCAGGCCGACAGUGCCGGCAGUGACGGAGGCGCCACGCUCCCUGGGAACUGGGAGCUGGCGGGAGACAGUGAGGGCCUGGACUGUCCCCAGGACCUGCCAGGGAAAAGUCCUCAUGGAGCUGAGGGCAGCUUGGAAAGCGAGGGGGACUCUUUGCAGGCUCAAGCUGCAAGGGACAGGUGUGGGCUGGAGAGGGACGAGGCCUGUUUCCAGGGUGAUAAGGAGAGCAGAGGCCCUAAGGAAGGGCUGGAGAGGAAGGAGGCCUGUUUCCUUGACAGCUUGGACAUCCCAGGUGACGAGGAAAGCGGUGGGCCUCGCUUCUGUGAUGGCCUCCCGGGGGCGGGUGAAGACCAGAAGCUGGCCCCUGGCCAGCCCAGCUGCUCUGCCCACUCUGCCAGAGCUGUCACUGGCUGUCAGGCUGAGGUGGCCCACACGUGUUCUGACUGUGGGCACUCUUUCCCCCACGCCACCGGCCUGCUGAGCCACAGGCCCUGCCACCCGCCCGGCAUCUACCAGUGCUCCCUCUGUCCCAAGGAGUUUGACUCCCUGCCCGCCCUGCGCAGCCACUUCCAGAACCACGGGCCCGGGGAGGUGGCCCCAGCACAGCCUUUCCUCUGCUGCCUCUGCGGCAUGAUCUUCCCCGGGCGGGCAGGCUACAGGCUCCACAGGCGCCAGGCUCAUGGCUCCUCCGGCAUGACUGAGGGGGAGGAGGAGGAGGGCGACGAGGAAGGGGCGGCCGCCGCCCCCUCCACGCCCAGCGCCCCGCUGCAGCUCUCAGAAGCAGAGCUGUUGAACCAGCUGCAGCGGGAGGUGGAGGCGCUGGACGGAGCCGGGUACGGGCACAUCUGUGGCUGCUGCGGUCAGACUUACGAUGACCUGGGGAGCCUGGAGCGUCACCACCGCAGUCAGAGUUCCGGGAACACCACGGACAGAGCUGCCAGCCCCGUGGGAGAGACCAGUGAUGCCAGGCAGAUGGUCACGGAUGGCUUCUCUGAGGGCACCGGGACGUCCGUCUCCGCAGAGGGUGGGGACACAACGUCUGCCGAGGGUGUCGGUGCCCCGUCUGCAAGCCGCCUCUGCGCCCACGGUGGGGAAGGUGCCCUGGAGGCGCAGCCCCGCCCCUUCCGCUGCAACCAGUGCGGCAAGACCUACCGCCACGGAGGGAGCCUGGUGAACCAUCGCAAGACCCACCAGACCGGCGACUACGGCUGCGCGGUGUGCGCCCGCCGCUACCCCAACCUGGCCGCCUACCGCAACCACCUGCGCAACCACCCGCUGUGCAAAGGCUCCGAGCCCCGGGUGGGGCCCGGCCCCGUCCCUGUCCCCUUCCCCGAGGCGGGAGGCGGCAGGGAGCCCCAGGACUCCUCCGAGGAGGCGGCGCCGGCAGAAGUGGGGAAGCCCCGGGAGGCACUCAAAGUGGAGUCCCCGGAGGAGGCGGCGUGGGCGGAGACCGCUGUGAAGAAGGAGCACCUGGGGCUGAAGUUGGAGGCCGCCGACCCGGGCUGCGAGCGGCCGUUCAGCUGCGAGGUGUGCGGCCGCUCCUACAAGCACGCCGGCAGCCUCAGCAAUCACCGGCAGAGCCGCCACGCCGCCCACUUCUGCUGCCGGGCCUGCUCCAAGGGCUUCUCGAGCCUCGUGUCCCUCAAGAGCCACCGGUGCGUCCGCGUCCAUGCAGACCCUCGGCGUUUCCGCUGCAGCUACUGUGGGAAGGCCUUCCGCCUGCGGAAGCAGCUGGCGAGCCACCAGCGGGUCCACGCCGAGCCGGGUGGGGUCGGGGGCGCCCAGAGAGGGACGCGGGGGGAGCGGCCCUUCCGCUGUGUGCAGUGUGGGCGGACCUACCGCCAUGCGGGCAGCCUCCUGAACCACCGGUGCAGCCGGGACACGGGCCGCGACGGCUGUCCCGCUCGCCCCAGCACCUGCUCCAACCGCGUUGCCUUGCGGGACCACCAGAGGCUGCACGCGGCCAGCCAGCGGCGGCGAGCAGGGCGGUCCCGGCGGGCAGCUGUGCCCGGCGCCCGCUGCGGCCGGGGCUUCCCUGGCCAGAGCGGCCCGGAGCACCUGCGGCAGCAUGAGGAGACCAGAAGAGCUCAGGGAGGCCGCAGCGAGGGGAGCCGGGCCCCUGACCAGGACCUAGAGGGCAGAUGGAAUGGUGCCGGGUCGGGACCCCGCCUGGAGUGUGGCGCCGGGAGGCCAGGGGGGCAGAGUCGCAGCCCCACCGGGACAGCAGGUCCCGAAGCCACAGAGCCAGUGUCCUGGGGCAUGGGGCAGGCAGGUGGGUGGCGAGCAGUCGGGGGACCAGUGAGUCGGGAAGCAGAUUGGGUUCCUCCAGGUCAUGUGUUAACCAAGACAGAAGGCGCGUCAGGGGACAGUGUCCCCAGAAGUCCUUGCCACUUGGGCAACAGCCAGCUCAGUGAGCCUAGUCAGAGUCAGGUGGAUAGCUGGGACGGUGGAGACAGCAGCCCUCAGCUGCAGCCAGACAGCCCCCCCUUUUCCUGCCGCCAGUCGGAAGGGCCCGUGAGCCACGACUCCCGUGAGACAGACUGCCACUAUUGCCUGCUCUGCUCCAAGGAGCCCUUGGGUCCUGUGGCCCCUGACAGCCGCUGCCACAACCAUGUAGCUGCCCAGGCUUCUGCCUGCUCGGACUGUGGCAAGUCCUUCGAGUCCCACCGCGAGUUCGCCAGCCACCUGCACUCUCAUGCCAGUGCCCUUUGUCAGGUGCCACCCCAGAUGGAAGAGGCCCGAGGUCCUGACGCCGGGACCAGGCAGGAUGAGGUGGGCCCCCCUGGCCAGGGGCGAGCCCAGAAGGCCCCCUCAGAACCUUCCGGGGCCCCAGGAGAGAGCGCUGGAAGGGCUGACGGGGGGCAGGGAGCUGAGUCUGCGCUGGCUGAAGACGAGCGGCCCUUCUGCUGUGCGCAGUGCGGCCGUUCCUACCGCCAUGCCGGCAGCCUCCUGAACCACCAGAAGGCCCAUGCCACCGGACUCUACCCCUGCUCCCUCUGCCCCAAACUUCUGCCCAACCUGCUCUCCCUCAAGAACCACGGCAGGACCCACACGGACCCCAAGCGCCAUCGCUGCGGCAUCUGUGGCAAGGGCUUCCGGACAGCGGCCCGGCUGGAGGGCCACAGGCGGGUCCAUGCCCCCCGGGAGGGGCCCUUCGCCUGCCCCCACUGUCCCCGCCACUUCCGCCGCCACGUCAGCUUCCUGCAGCACCUGCAGCAGCACCAGGAGGAGUGGGCUGUGGACAGCUCUGGUACCGGGGGAGCCCCAAAGACCCCAGCAGCAGGCAGAGGGGACUUGUCAUUGCCCCCUCCAGCCACCCCCACGACUCCGCUCCUGGACUCUUCACCCCAGUGGCCUGCAGACCUCAGCUUCUCCCUCUGAACUUCAAGUCUCCAAAAAUCAGCGCACGGGGCGGGAGUGCAGGCUGCCAGGGAGGCUGGCUGGCUGUGUUCUGCUCGGGAGCUGUGGGCCUCCCCACCUCUUCCUGCCCCGUGAAGAGGACCCAGGUGUGGUAUCUUUCCAAAGUAGGGAGUGAGCUGUUCCUCACGCCCCUGCCCCUGAAGGACCUCCGUCCCCAGCCUCUGUCACCUCGCUCUUCCCUGUGACCAGCCCUGCAAGAUACCUGGCGGCAGCCAGGCUCUGCCACCUGCCGGGCCCCCCUCACCAACCAGAUGCCAAUACCAGGAAGAGACCGAUUCAAAGAGCUGCUGGUAGGAACCUUGCCUGUGGAAGGGGGGGCCUUUUGCUACAAUUUGUAACUUAUUUUCUAAAAUCUAUUUUGUAACAAUUUAUUUAAGUUUAAAAAAGGAAAAUUGCACCC